AUGGAUGGAAUAAUGCAAGAACUGGAAGAACAGGAGAGGGUGAUAGCCGGGGUAGAUUUGAAUGGCCAUGUCGGAAGUGAAAAUGAGGCGAUUGGUCGGGUGCAUGGGGCCAAUGGAAUUGGGGAGAGAAACCCAGAAGGAGAGAGUGUAGUGGACUUUGCUGUGUCAUUCGACAUGGCAAUAGGACAGUCAAGGUGGGACAGGGAACCGGACUCUUGGAUAGAAGGCAGUGGUAGAUUAGAAGUUAGGAUUAGGUUUGAGAUAAGGGGGAACUGGAGGAACAGUUACAGAGAUACAGGAGGAAUUCGGUUCUACCGGGAACGGGAAGUGCAGUUAGUGAGAGAGAAUGAGAAGUUGAAAAGUGAGAAUAAGGAGAUGCGAAAGGAGUUGAGGGAGUUAAAGGGAGUUGUGGAGAAAGUGGAAGAGAAUGUAGAGCUGAAAAUGAGAGAGAAUGAAGAGCGAAUGGAGGAGUGA